UUAGCCUAUGUAAAAACAAAUAAAUAAAAUGAGACUUUUUUUGUCUAAUGUGCUUAAUAUUUGAAAAGUUUCAUAACCUUUUUAAAAUGGACUUCUUUUUAUCAGUUUUGUUAUGGGGAUUAAAAAUAAUAAUACAGUAGCCUACAUUUAUUCCUGAUCUGAAGUACACAAAGGGGGCGGGGCUAUCGGAAGCUCGAGCUCAAGCACUGGCGUCACUACUGUGGCUAAUGAACUGUGCUAAAAUGGAUAUGAAACUAUUCACCAGUUCUAUUACUCAGUUUCUUCCUGAAUGUACUGAAAAUAAAACACAUCUACUUCGUUGUGAAAUUCCUUUAAAAACUUUUCUUUAUAUUGCGAUUUACAUUCACCUCAGACUCGUGAACUAUUGCAGUUUUUGUGCUAGUGUUGUUUGUUCAGCUCUGAGAGGUUAUACAUUCUGUGCAAUAGGACGCGGCUAAUGUAAUCACGUGAUCGUCGCUAAUUGCAGUCAGGUUAUAGCCAAUUAAGCUGUGAUUAAAGUUAACGGCUUCUAACGGUUAGCAGCAGGAAAAAGUAUCGAAGUAGCUUUGUCUUAUAGACCGAAAAUGGAGUUCGGAAGGAAAGAAAGAAAGAAAGAAAGAAAGCAAGCAAGCAAGCAAGCAAGCAAGCAAGCAAGAAGGAAGGAAGGAAGGAAAGGGAUGUCAGAAUGAGAAAUGUUCAACAAACAGAGAGUAAGGAAGCUGACGGAGCUCAGCGAGGACGAUGUGGAUGGUGCAGUAACGUCAGCAUGAAGCUCUUGAGCGCUCUGCGUCAGGCCUCUCUCGUACACCGCUAGGCCCCACACACACACACACACACACACACACACACACACACACACAAACAACUCUGUAUCUGCGGCCCCUCCCCUUUUCUCACCACCAGCUUUACUUUGCUUCCCUCGAGACAGGAAGUAGGAACGUUCCUCUUCCUUCCCCUCAUCACCCUCAGCCAUGUUCCUACCCUGUGACGGUGGAUGCCGGCGUCCGUUUUCUCGCCCUCGCCGUAAAUGGGACACGUGCUUGGUAUGGUUAUUAGGAUUGGCGCUGCGGUUAUCGCUCUCUUCGUGCCAGCGCUCGGAUUACAGCGUCUCCAAACACCCCAUCGUUUCCACCAGUUACGGGAAGAUCCGCGGCAUCCGGAAGGAGCUGAAUAACGAGAUCCUCGGCCCUGUGGAACAGUUUCUCGGCGUUCCGUACGCCACGCCACCCAUCGGAGAUCGCCGCUUUCAGCCUCCUGAAUCACCCGGCGCCUGGCACGACAUCCGGAACGCCACACGCUUCCCACCCGCAUGCCCGCAGAACGUCCACGGAGCGCUGCCCGAAAUCAUGAUGCCUGUGUGGUUCACGGAGAACCUGGACGCUGCCGCAGCGUACCUACAGGAUCAGAGCGAGGACUGUCUCUACCUCAACAUCUACGUCCCCACGGAGGACGGUCCGCUCACUAAAAAACCCGACGAGUCGGCGACGAACAGGCCGAGGGACGAAGAUAUCCGAGAUCGGCGGAAGAAGCCGGUCAUGUUGUUCAUCCACGGCGGUUCGUAUAUGGAGGGAGCUGGAAGCAUGUUCGACGCGAGUGUCCUCGCCGCCUACGGCAACGUCAUCGUUGUCACCAUGAACUACAGACUGGGGGUUCUGGGUUUCCUGAGCACAGGUGAUCAGGCGGCUAAAGGGAACUACGGCCUGCUGGAUCAAAUCCAGGCUCUGCGCUGGCUCAACGAAAACAUCGGCCAUUUUGGAGGCGACCACGAGAGGAUCACCAUCUUCGGCUCGGGCGCCGGAGCAUCCUGCGUCAACCUGCUCAUCCUGUCCCAUCACUCUGAAGGUCUGUUCCAGAGAGCGAUAGCCCAGAGCGGCUCUGCCAUAUCCAGCUGGUCCGUGAACUACCGCCCGCUCAUGUACACCAAGAUUUUGGCCAAGAAGGUGGGCUGCAGCUCCGGGGACACGGCCGACAUCGUCGGCUGUCUGAGGAAGAAGAGCUUCCGAGAGCUGGUGGAUCAGGACAUCCAGCCCGCGCGCUAUCACAUCGCCUUCGGGCCCGUGGUAGACGGAGACGUGGUUCCUGACGACCCUGAGAUUCUCAUGCAGCAGGGAGAGUUCCUAAACUAUGACAUCUUGUUGGGGGUGAAUCAAGGAGAAGGGCUGAAGUUUGUGGAUGACAGCGAAGGCGAGGACGGAAUUUCAGCUGCGACGUUCGACUACACCAUAUCCAACUUUGUGGACAACCUUUACGGCUACCCGAGUGAUAUCCUUCGCGAGACCAUAAAGUUCAUGUACACUGACUGGGCCGAUCGCGAUAACGGCGACAUGAGGAGGAAGACUCUGCUUGCCCUCUUCACAGAUCACCAGUGGGUGGCGCCAGCGGUGGCCACGGCCAAGCUGCACGCAGAGUUCCAGUCGCCGGUUUACUUCUACACUUUCCACCAUCACUGCCAGAUGGAGAGUCGACCGGAGUGGGCGGACGCCGCGCACGGAGAUGAGAUUCCUUACGUCUUUGGUGUGCCCAUGGUGGGCGCCUCCGACCUCUUUCCCUGCAACUUCUCCAAAAACGACGUGAUGCUUAGCGCCGUCGUCAUGACCUACUGGACCAACUUUGCUAAAACCGGAGACCCAAACGUCCCAGUUCCCCAGGACACCAAGUUCAUCCACACGAAGCCAAACCGCUUCGAGGAGGUCGUGUGGACUAAAUUCAGCUCUAAGGACAAGCAGUACCUUCACAUUGGCCUGAAACCACGUGUACGAGACAACUACCGUGCCAACAAGGUGGCCUUCUGGCUCGAGCUGGUGCCACAUUUGCACACUCUACAUGUGGAGAUCAUCAGCUCUUCCGGUGCAACCCGCUUACCACCACCCGGCGGUGUCCCCCAUAGACCUGGAUGGAAAAACCCGGCGUUGAAUCCAAAUCAUCCCGGCACACGCCAACCCUCCAUUUCCUCCACGUACCCACCAGAUACCGAUUCGGAGCCGGAAGGUUCGGAGCGCCCGCGCGUGUCUCCAUUCCCAGAGGAAGUGCGUGAUUACUCGACGGAGCUGAGUGUAACAGUGGCAGUCGGUGCAUCCCUGCUCUUCCUGAACGUCCUGGCAUUUGCAGCGCUCUACUACAAACGCGACAAGCGGCACGAAAUGAUGCUGCUGCAACAGAGGCGACGCCAUCGGCGUCUCUCGCCCCAGCGUGGCACUGCUGGUGCCCCGAUUCCUGCGACAGCCAUCGCUGUGGGCAGUGACCUGGAAGAGGAGCUCAUGUCACUGAGGAUGAAGCAGCAGAGGGCUGAGUUGGACCUGGAGCCACUUCGAUGCCCGCCGGAUUACACGCUGGCACUGAGGAGGGCGCCCGAUGACGUGCCACUCAUGAUGCCCAGCACCAUUAGCGCCAUGCAUGCCUUUAAUACAUAUCCCCCUGCUCCUGGCCACACCCCAAAUCCAGGCCCCGCCCCUGGGUCCAGCUCUAGCUCUGUGCAUACCAACAAUGCUUUGCCCCAUCAGCACUCGACCACUCGCGUAUAGUACCUCGCCAAGCUCUUAACACAGAUAAAGACUACCUGCACCAAGAUUGGUGCUCUGCAGAGGUAACACAUUUUGUCCAGUUCGGGAAUGUCCGGGUCCAAUCCUGGAGUUCUGGAGUCCGGCACAGCUUGGUGGUAUCCAUGCUCAAAGGUAAACCAAACCAUACUGGACUCCAGAACUUCUGGAGGGGAACUGGGAACCUGUAGCCUAGUGGUAGAGAGUCAAAGUCACUGGACUUAUGUCCUUCUCAGAGAUCUUGACCAGUCCAGAUGCCUCGACUUCCUCCUACUAGACGAUUUAAUGACUGGGAGGACUGAAAAGACAUCCACAACCCAUUCUUUGUCUCGUUUAACCCCUCCAGUCCACUUCUUCUCUCUCUCUCUCUCUCUUUUUUUGGAAAACGAAAAGAGUUUUAAAAUAAGGAACCGAGGAGGAACCGCUCGGUCAUCCAUCUUGCCCUCGACCUCCUCUCUACGAGCUCCUGCUUCGUCUUCUUUUUAACCACUCUUGCUGUGUGGCGUUUUUCUCUCCAUCCCUUCUUUCUUUUUUUUGUCAUCUCCUUCACCUACUGCAGAACUCUGCUUUUUUUGCCUAAACCGAACACUUUUAUAAAUCGAGAGAAGCUCUGUGUAAUAGGUACUAUCGAGAACCUUGUGAGGACAUGAAUGUGAAAAAGAAAAAAAGAUUUGAAUAUUUAGUUUUUACCAGCAUUUCUGUGCCAAGUACUGUGAUAUCCAUCCAAUCAGACUCCGAGUCAAGAGGACAGACUCGGAUUGGAGGCGCAUCCGAGGAUCGCAUUCGUGGAAUUUAGAAGAAGUCACUGAAAAAGUGCCAAAAUCUUGUUUGCUUUUCUUUUCUUCUCUCUCUCUCUCUCUCUCUCUCUCUCUCUCUCUCUCUCUCUCUCUCUCUCUCUCUCUCUCUGCCUCCCUUUCUUUUGCUUUUGCACUGUCUCUGGUCUGGGAUGAGAUUUGAAACUAUAAGCAGAAUAUCUAUAUUAAAGUCUAAAUAUAGAAUUAUGAAAACUUGUAUCUUGUUUGCUCUCGGGGAAAAUUUGCAUGAUUUAUUUUUUAAAGAAAACGGACACGCGCACGAGAUUCCUCAUCUUGUUUUUAUUAUCGCCGUCCUUUUCUUUCAUGUUCUUUUAAAAAAAAAAAUUAUUUUACGUCUCCGCUAUCUUUGUGCGCUUCAUUCGGAGAUUAUUUUCCUUCUCUAGAGACUUAUCAGGAGCAUAUCAGGAAAAUGGAAACUGAUUUACGAUCAUAAUAAUUUGAAAAAAGGAUGUAUAGAUCCCUUUUUUGUUCGUUUAUCAAAAGCCGGAAAUCUCGGAACGCUGAGCAUCGAGGAAGGACUUAAUUGACCCUCCAGCAUCCAUCCAUCUCUCUCUCCAUCUCUCUCUCCAUCCCUCUCUCUAGCGCGCCAUCUAUGUUUAUACUGUAUAUUCCUCGACAUUUAGAUCGAACUCGCACAAUAAGGAAUGAGAACCCGUUCUUUCUCUUUUUCUCUCACGUUCCGCGUUUCCCUCUCAUCUCUGGUUCUCCUCCGAUUUCUACACUCGUGUGCAGUCAGGGUGCUAAAGAGGCCGCACGGAGCGACGAGGAAUCCAUCGGCAAGGAUCCAGAGUGGACGGAGGACUGAAUACUCGUUGAAUGACUAAAACGCCGACCGUGAUUUGAUGGUGCGUCCUCGUCCUUCAUCACUCAUCGUCUCAUCGUCAUCUUUCUGUUUCCGGAAAACACUCAGCGGCUGGAUGGAUAUAAAAAUUCUUGAGGGAAACAAAAAAACAAACAAACAAACAAACAAACAAACAAAAAAAACCCUACAAACUGUACAUUUUUUUGAAGUUGUACGAGAUGACAUGGUCUUUGUAAAUAUUCUGUUUCGUUGUUUGGUUUUACAGGUGAACGGCCGAGCGACUCUUUUGUGAGAACAGGUGCAAGUUGAGUUUCUUUUUUUUAUUUCUUGAUUUAUUGACUGUUUUUCGUUCUUUCUUUCUUUCUUUAGCACGUAACGUAGCCACGCUUCUCCUGAGCCUCGGAGUUAGACCUUGCUGACGCGACACUCAACCCUUUAUCGUGCACGCUUUAACACAUCAUCAGUACUCAGUAGAUCAGUAUCCAGGAGCAGGAGGCAUGAGCGUUAUAAACUCUCUCAUUUAGAAGCCUGAAAAGCACAGCUGUCUUCUAACCGUCAUGGCAUCGGGUCACAUGACCUCAGCAAAGUCAUUACACGGGGUCACAUGACCUCGACAAAGUCAUUACAUGGGGUCACAUGACCUCAGCAAAGAGCAGCACAGAAUUCUCUUCACCGUCUUUCUUUCUCCCAUUUUCUUUUUGAUCUUUUCUUCAUUAUGUUUGUUUUCUUUCACUUCCUCUCAUUCUCCUUCUCUUUCUUUUUUCUUUUUCUCUUUUUCAUUGUAUGUUGCUUUCUUUUGCAUUCUCUUUCUCCAUUCUUUCUUUAAAUUGUUUGUUUCCUUUUCUCCUCGCAUUCAUAGUCUCUUUCGUUCUUUCUCCCAUUUUCUUUCUCUUCUUCAUUCUUUUUAUUGCUUUCUUUCACUUCCUCUCACUCUCCUUUUCUUUCUUUCCUUCGUUCUUUCUUUCUUUCUCUCCCACUCUUCUCACUCUUUCUUUCGCUUCCUCUCCAUUCUUUCUUUUAAUUGUUUAUUUUUCCUUUUCUUCUCCCAUUCAUCGUCUUCUUUCUUUCUUUCAUUUUCUUUCUCUUCUUCAUUCUUUUUUAUUGCUUCCUUUCACUUCAUCUCACUUUCCUUUUCUUUCUUUCCUUUGAUCUUUCUCGCCCACUCUUCUCUCAUUCUCUUUCACUUCCUCUCUUUCCCUUUGCUCCUCUUUCCUUUCUCCAUCACGUCUCUCCUGAACAACAUUAAAACACUUUUUGAAAGUAAAACUCUCAUCUUUCUUUCUUUCCACUGUUACUUUUUCACUUCUUUGUGUGUGUGUGUGCAUGUGUGUGUGUGUGUGUGAGAGAGAGAGAGAGAGAGAGAGAGAGAGAUGUUGAUGAUGAACGGUGAUGUGACUGCGUCUCGUCCUGAACCCCGGCGGUAACGAUGAUGUGUCGAAGCGUUCACGAGUAAAAUGUCGUGUAACUGAUUACGUCUCUUGAUCGUCAUUCGUUGAUUUUGAUCACAUGACACUGUGGCUGUGUGAUCCUCACUCGAACCCAUUUCGGUUUAUGGAGACUGAAACCUCUCUGCGUGUUAUAUUUCAGAAAUAGAGAAUUUAAACUGUCCAUAUUUUUGUACAGAGGGACUGAGAGGCAGCGGACAGACUCACUCAGAAGCACACUGUCACCAAAUCUCACGGUGAUCCUCUCGUCUGCCGUGGCUGUGUGUGUAUUACUGUACGACGGGGGGGGGGGGGGG